AUGGCACUGAACAAGCUGAGGAUUGAUUCGGUUGACGUCGCUGGCAAACGGGUUUUCAUCCGUGUGGAUUUCAACGUCCCGCAAGAUAAAAAGGACCCCAGUGUCAUCACCAACACGCAACGCAUCGAUGCGGCACUGCCGACUAUUAAGUAUUGCCUGGAAAAGGGUUGCAAGUCCGUGGUCCUGUGCUCCCACUUGGGGCGGCCAGAUGGCAGUGUUGUCGAGAAGUAUUCCUUGGCCCCAGUUGCCAAGUGUGUCCAAGAGAAACUUGGCCAACCCGUCACCUUUUUGAAGGACUGCUGCGGUGCAGAGGUUGAGGCCGCCUGUGCGAACCCUGCGCAGGGUUCCGUGAUCCUAUUGGAGAACUGCCGUUUCCAUGUGGAAGAAGAAGGCAAAGGUGUCGACAAGGAGGGCAACAAGAUCAAGGCUGACAAAGAGAAGACCAAGGAGUUCCGGGCAUCCAUAGCCAAGUUGGCCGACAUUUACUGUAGUGACGCGUUUGGCACAGCUCAUCGUGCUCACAGCUCAAUGGUGGGUGAGGGCUAUGCGGUGAAGUGUUCAGGGUUCCUCGUGGCCAAGGAGCUGGAAGCCUUCGCAAAAGUGUUGGACAGCCCGGUGAAGCCGGUCUGUGCCAUCCUCGGUGGAGCCAAGGUUACGGACAAGAUCCAGCUGAUCAAGAACAUGCUGGACAAGGUGGACGCUAUGAUUAUUGGAGGAGGGAUGGCCUUCACGUUCAUCAAGGUGCUGCACGGCAUGAACAUCGGCAAUUCCUUGUUCGAUGAGGAGGGUGCCAAGAUUGUGCCUGAGAUCAUGGAGAAGGCUAAGGCUAAGGGCGUUGAGUUUCGGCGGCACUCGUAUUUUGCUUUAAGGCCAGGCUGCCCACAACAGACAGAGUCACAUUGUCGCCUUGUCUCGGCAAAGGAAAUCGUGCUGCCGGUGGAUUUCGUGAUUUCGUCCAAAUUUGGAGAGGCAUUUUCUGUGAGCGCUUCCCCUGCAACUGACACAUGCUGGCAAAGCCAUCCCCUGAAGGACGGCGAGAUCAAGACGGCCACGCUCGCCAGUGGCAUCCCUGACGGCUUCAUGGGUGCGGGCCUGUGCAGGGUUGAUCGCCGGCCGGAGCGUCUGGGCAGGGAAAUGGGCAGUGCUAUGAAGGGCCGCAAGCUCUUCAUGAUGGACAAGAUCGUGGAGGUUACGAAGUCCGGAGCUGUCACGGCUAGGUUCUUAGAUUUCACUGAUGCCACCUGUUUGGCUUCCCUGGUGCUUAGUGGGAUCCAAGCACCAGGUGGCUGGAAUGAAGAUGAAGAUUUCGCAGCUGGUUGGCAGGUCAUCGGAGGUGGCGACACUGCAACAGCGCGGAUCCGCAGAAGGGGUUCCUUUGACCAAUGCCAGAAAGCACAGAAGCAUGUCCAGGCCUGCAAGAAGUACGACACCGAAGACAAGGUCACUCAUUGCUCCACCGGAGGUGGUGCUUCCCUGGAGCUCCUGGAGGGCAAGGUGCUGCCAGGGGUGGCAGCGCUGGACGAUGCUCCUACGGGAGGCGGUUUCCAGAUCCUCCAGGUCCGCGCGCGGGAAAUCUUUGACUCACGUGGAAAUCCCACAGUGGAGGUGGACCUCUGCACGCCAAUGGCUCUUUUCCGUGCAGCAGUUCCCAGUGGUGCGUCCACAGGAAUCUAUGAGGCUUUGGAGUUGCGUGAUGGAGACAAAGCGCGCUUGCUGGGAAAGGGUGUGUUGAAGGCAGUCGCGAACGUGAACGACAUUAUUGGACCUAAGCUCGUUGGCAUGGACGUUCGAGAGCAGAAGAAAAUCGAUGAGGUUAUGGUGCAGGAGCUGGAUGGUUCCAAAAAUGAAUGGGGCCUGGUCCUGAACCUGCCCAUGAUUGAUCUGAUGAGGUGCAACUCGCUAAUAGCAAGUUGUCGAGACGAGGCCAAGUGGCAGCAUGCUCUUUGGGUGCUACGAUUUGUAGAGAGUCAGCUGGAGCCCAAUGUGGUGACCCUCAGCACGGCCUUGGACUCUUGUGGCAUGGGUUCGCUGUGGGGUUCCUCUCUGGCCCUUCUCUUGCAGAUGAAUCAUGCAAACCUCGAGUUCAACGCGAUUACAUGCAACGGGCUUCUGAAAGCAGCGGCCAGGGCAUCUCAAUGGCUGCAAGCAGUGGCCAUGUUCCAGGCAUUUAAGAUGGGAGAAGCGGAACAUGGGAAGCCACGUUUGAUCCUGUACACCUCGGCCAUCAAUGCCUGUGCUCAGAGCCAGGCAACAGCAACGGCACUCAGCCUGCUGUCUGACUUUGAAGCUUCCAAUUCAGAUCUUCCACCCGAU